AUGGCCGACCUCCUGGUGGACAUUGACUGGGUGUGGGGAUAUUUCUUCACCGGGUAUAUUGCAUUUUCAUACUUUGCAGUUUUGAAUGUCAUCACAGCAGUGUUUUGUCAACGGGCGAUUGAGAGUGCUGAGCAAGACGAACAGAACAUCUUGCAGCGCUUUUUGGAAGAUCAGCGGCGCUUCAGACAUCGCAUCGAGCAGCUCUUUUCCAGAUUCGAUGGUCUUGAGAGAGAUGGCGCCAUCACGCUGAGCGAGAUGGAGCAGUUUUUUAACGAUGAGGAGGUGAGGGCCAUGUUCCAGUCUCUCGAUUUGACAGCGAGGGAUUCAUGGACUCUCUUCAAACUGCUGGACGAGGAAGGCAAUGGCGACAUUAACCUUUCUGAAUUCACUGAUGGGUGCUUGCGGCUGCGCGGGCCUGCAAAGGCACUGGACAUUGCUUGCGUGAUGGAUGAAAGUCGUCGGAUCAAGCGGAAAGUAAUGAUAGCUGAAGAGCGCCUCUACAACAUGGAGAUGUCAGUCGGCCAGCUGUCAGCGAGAUUGAAAUCGACUUCGGCAGCAAAGGAGCCCGUGGCACCCAAAGAGGAUCCACCGCUUCUUGCAGGAACUGCGCUGGAUCUAGGCUUCAUGUGCAGCGCUGUCGGGAGUGCUUCGCCAGUUGGCGACCACAAUCUGCACAUUCCCGAUGUCCCCUAUGACAUUGGUCCUGACCUCGACCUGUCGCUUCGGCCUCGAGCACUACCAGGUCACGAAGCGCAAAGGCUGGAAGUAGUAUGCAUCACUGAGGGGCAGCAUUUUCAGGAUCUGCCAUACGAUGUUGGUCCUUCGAGUGGCUUUGCUGUGAAGCAAAUGUCGUUCUGA